CACAGAUGCGGGUCGGAGCGGCGCCGGGAGGCGGUGGAGGCGGGAAGGAAGCUGCCAGAGGAGCCCCGCAGGCGCCUGCGAGCCGGAUGCGGUGCGUGGACGAAAGAUGCAUCAUGGAAUGAACCCGAGCCCGGGAGACGGAUUUCUGGAGCAGCAGCAGCAGCAGCCGCCGCCCCCUCGCAGGCUGCUGGCCGCGGUCCUGUGGAUCCAGCUGGCUCUGUGCUUCGGCCCCGCACAGCUCACGGGCGGGUUCGAUGACCUUCCGGUGUGUGCUGACCCAGGCGUCCCUGAGAACGGCUUCAGGACACCCAGUGGAGGGCUUUUCCUUGAAAGGUCUGUCACCCAGUUUCACUGCCAAGACGGGUUCACGCUCAAGGGCCCUACAAAGAGGCUGUGUGUGAGACAUCUCAAUGGAACCCUCGGCUGGAUCCCCAGUGAUAAGCCCUUCUGUGCACAAGAAGAUUGCCGUAUCCCUCAAAUCGACGAUGCUGAGAUUCAUAACAGGACAUACAGACACGGAGACAAGCUGAUCGUCACCUGUCACGAGGGAUUCAAGAUCCGCUACCCUGAUCUGUACAACAUGGUUUCUCUGUGCCGUGAUGACGGGACGUGGGACAACCUGCCGCUCUGUCAAGGCUGCCUGAGACCUCUUGCCUCUUCCAAUGGCUACGCGAACAUCUCCGAGUUGCAGACCUCCUUCCCCGUGGGGACGGUCAUCUCCUACCACUGCUUCCCUGGGUACAAGUUGGAGGGGGCCGAGCACCUCGAGUGCCUACACAGCCUCAUCUGGUCGACCAGCCCACCCCGGUGCCUUGCUCUGGAAGUGUGCCCGCUGCCUCCAACAGUGACUCAUGGUGAUUUCGUCUGCCACCCGCGGCCCUGUGAGCGCUACAGCCACGGGACUGUGGUGGAGUUCUCCUGCGACGCCGGCUACAGCCUCACCAGCGACUACAAGUACAUCACGUGCCAGUAUGGGCAGUGGUUCCCCUCCUACCAGGUCUACUGCAUCCAGUCAGAGCAAACAUGGCCCAGCGCCCAUGAGACCCUCCUGACCACGUGGAAGAUCGUGGCAUUCACGGCGACCAGCGUGCUGCUGGUGCUGCUGCUCGUCAUCCUGGCCAGGAUGUUCCAGACCAAGUUCAAGGCCCACUUCCCCACUAGGGGGCCCCCGCGGAGCUCCAGCAGUGACCCGGACUUUGUGGUGGUGGACGGUGUGCCUGUCAUGCUUCCAUCCUACGACGAGGCUGUGAAUGGAGGUGUAAGGGCGUCAGGUCCAGGGUACCUGGCCUCCGUGGGCCAGGGCUGCCCCUUGCCAGUGGACGACCAAAGCCCCCCAGCAUACCCCGGCUCAGGGGACAUGGACAUGGGCACGGGGGGGUCAGAAGCCUGUGACAGCGGCUCAGCCUCCUCUGAGCUGCUCCAGAGUCUGUAUUCACCUGCUGUGUGCCUGGGGGGCACGCACCCUGACGGCGUGGACACGGGGGCUGGCACGACAGGAGAGACGGCGUCGAGCAGUCCGGGUAUCGACAUUGCAGAUGAGAUCCCGCUAAUGGAAGAAGACCCGUGACCAGCAACGCCGCAAAGAUUCUCCUGCCCUGCAGGGAUGGGAGCUGCGCCCCUUGGAGUGAGGCCCCAGGGGACGGACUGUGGGGCCGUGGGAGGGUUUCCAGCUCACCUACACGGAGACCGUGACUCGUAUCAUCCAUCUUGGGCUCAAUGCUGUGGUGGGCACUCUCGGGGAGCAGCGACCAGGGGGGUCUUCACCUCUGGUGAAGGGGUCUGGCUGUCCCUGCUGCAGAGUGGGGCGGCUCCACACAUGUCCCCUGGACCCCGCAUCCCGUGACUUGUGCUGCGGCCACUGCCUGCCGCCUUUGCAAGCAUGUCCCCCGCCGAUUCGCCCUGCAGUCUGCUCCACGCAACACGGCUGCCGUGUGGCAGGCUCUGGGGCACGUGGGGGCUUUUCCUUAAUCCGACACAGUACUGGAUGUGUGAGAGAGGAACGGAAGGACACAGGCAGACUCUACUUCCUGCAACCUCGUCCACAAGUGCAGUUGAGCAGCCCUGAGCCGUCCUUUGGUGAAACACGGUCAUUUUCUGUGUCACGGGCUGGUGCACCACCGUGCUCUGGGUGUCUCGUGUUCGGGACUUUGUGGACGGUCGGAUGUGCUCGGACGUGUCUCCUGGUGGACAGGAUUACAAGGCAGCAUUCAGCUUGGCAUCUCAAGGUGUCCCUUGACCGUGUGUCUCGAGAGUUGCAAGUCCCCUCCCAUCGCCUGUUACGAUGUUGCUCCCACUCCCAGAAUGCAGCCAUAUGUUUAUUUUCCAAAACAGAACCUGUUUCUGUAAACUUGCUCCUCCUCCAAAUAAAGUAUGAGGCUGGG